GAAACGGUAAAGCAGACAUUUUAGAAGCUAAAAAAGUUUACAAAUUUGCUUUACUCUUAUAAAAGUAAAAUUUAUAAGAAUAAUUUUAUAGAAUACAGAAAAGUGAAUAAAUCGCGUAUUGGAAAAUUAAAAAGAUAUCUCCAUACGAAGAGAGCAAAUUUGCUUGCUUUUAAAGGGAGUUUGUUAUUGCGCUUUGGUCUGCGGGCAUACUUUUAUUACCUACCAAAUUGUGAAAUUUUUCCAAUUGGCAAAGGCUUUGCGAUUAUUGUUAAAUGAGAACUAUAUAAACCUCAUAUAGGUCUUCUGUAUACAAAUAAGUGUAACGCAAAAUUAUUUAUUGUGGAAUUGCGCGUGAGUUAUAAAGUAAAUAUACAUAAAUACAAUAGUUGCUGAAAAAUACUUGUACACGGAGAGGAGAUGCCCUUUUAUGGACUCUAUGUGCCCGGAAAGGAAGCCGAUGCCCCGUAUGUAUUUAACCUCAAGUGUAAGGCACUGGAUGUGCUAAAGCUGCAUAAAGAGGCCAGAUUACGUGAAUUCAAUAAUGAGAGUGAUGCGAUUAAAUUCGCGCAGACGGGUCAUGAGGUGGUUGCGCCGCCGCGUCAUCCCGAUAGCAAAUCAUCAAUAGUUGCGGAAAAGGCGGCAUUUCGGGGACCCACAAAGCAAGAAUUAAUUGAAUUCCGUAAAGUAAUAGAGUCCGGUGAUUGCGAGCGUGUGAAUGCGAUGAUUUGGGAUAAUCCACGUUAUUUGGUUAGUGCAGGUGAUACACCUACAACACUAAAAGAGGGUUAUCGCUAUAAUGCGAUGCAUAUUUGCGCAAUUUCGAAAAAACCACGUAUUGCUGAAUUAAUUUUAAAGACCGUAAGCGAUCCGAAAUUCGUAGAUUUGCUUACAGGAAAAAAGAAUGAUAUAAAAAUGUGUAAAGAACUAUGCGUAAAUCUAUUGGAUUAUUACUUAAAUAUACCAGAAAAAGGUCGUAGCGAAACGCCUUUACAUUUGGCAACCAAAACGGGGGCUAUUGAAAUGGUGGAGGUGUUAACCUCAUUCCCUGAAUGUAAAAUAACACCAAAUUCCGAAGGUUUAUAUCCAAAAGAUAUAAUUUGUUCACGCGUAACCAGCGCUACGCCAGAGUUAAGGAAAAAAAUUGAAAUGCUGUUGGAAGAACGUUUUUAUGUGCCCGUUUUACGUUCAGUGGAUAAUGCAGUACCGCCAAAAAUUGGACAACCAUUUUCUACCAGCAAUCCACCGAAUCUCAACUCUGAUCCACUGAGCGCUGAAGUCAAAAUCGAAGCAUUAGCCGGCCCAAUGAAUAAGGAGCAUGCAACGCAAUUCUGUCGCCGCUGGAAAACACCACCACGUCUUGGCAGUACUAUGUCUUCACCGGUUGCCUACAACAAGUUCAUUUCCCCUGUUAAAACACGUUGCACCAAUGGCACACCAUCUAAAAAUUCAAUCAGUACAUUAAGUAAUGGUAGUCCAACUGUUGGCACGCCAAUUACAAAAAUCAAUCGACGAACUUUAUUUAAUUCCACCCCACGACGUUCAAGUUGUGAAAUAAUAGAUGAAAAUGAUAUUAUCACAAACGCAUCUUGCGAUAAACAGAAUGGCAAUCAUAAAAUUGAUCAAGCCACUAUUGAAACGAACAAUUCUACCUCCGGUUCGGCAACCGCAACCAAAACCGAACACGAGAACAACAAUAACGAUCGCGAAAUGGAAAUAAAUGUUUUAAAAGACUUAACAGCGCAAAGUACACCAGUCUUACAAACGAAACGUGAAUUAUUUUUCACAUACCGUGAACCCAACCCAAAUACUCCGGUAGAACGCAAUGCAAUCGAUGCUCGUGAGGCACCUACCACGCUGAACGAAGAUCUAGACAUCAGCGCAAUUGAAAUGAAUAAUGAACCGCAACCGAUGGAACAACAUGCAUUUAAAUUGAAAAGUAGCAUGCUAAAGACGGCAUUGUGUCGAAAGAUGCCAUUGUUUAAGGAUAAUUUUAACACAUACCGCGAUAACAGCACAGCUUCAUCGCCUGAUUCCGACUGUUGUAAUGAUUCUCGUAAUUCGGUGCUGAAUGACCUUAACCAUUACGACAGUCCGGGUUUUAAAGAGCGUCACAUUAAAAUCAGCGAUACUGAAAAGGGGCUGGAAUUAAUUGGUCGUGAAUUAGCUAAAGAACAGAAUGUGGAAUGGCGUGAAUACUGGGAUUUUUUAAAUUCUUUCAUUAAUAUUUCUUCGGAAGAAGGUUUGAACAAACUGGAAAAUUUCUUUGCGCAACGUGUUAAGGAAGAAGAAAUGACAAAGAAAACGGCACAAGCUAUGGCUAAGUCGGCGGUAAUUUUAGAUAACGUUUGUAAUGCACUGGAGAAACUUCAUUUUCCGGAAAAUUCUAAUAUGCAUGAUUUUCGUAAUGGUUUCAAUAAUGAGCGUGCACGCUAUGCGAAUAUGAGUGGUGGCACUGGUGAAAAUUCCACAACAGCACCACAAUCUACAACGCCUUAUACAUGCGUUGAGAAAUCGGUCCAAGUAUUUGCCAAACGUAUGACUAAAACCAUUAUACAUAAUAUUGAUAAUAUGGUGUCUAUUAAUGACACUCUGUUGUCUGAGUUGAAAAGACUGAAAUCGUUAAUAUGUAGUUUUAAGGAAGAUACGCGUUUCCUAAAUGUAAAUUUUGCAAAAGUACAUUCAAGAAUUGGCAAAUUAAUUUCAAUUUAUUUGGCAAACUCACAAGAAGUAACGCCAGCAAUGAAAAUAAAGCUACAAGGUAUUAUCAAACACAUGCUUACACCCGGGGAACGACGUGAGCAUAUGGAAUGCGUUUGUUGGCGAAUACUUAAUAUGUUAGAGACUCCAACCGAUCAAAUACUGCCUGAACAACUUAAAACCGAAGAAAUGUGUUCAAAUGAGUGGGGGAAAGAGCGCGAAUGUGACUGUCAAUGGGAAACUAAUCUGAGUCGCAAAACAAGUCGACGAAACCGCAUGGAGGCGCGUUAUCGUAGUCAUCAGCAAGCUAGAUAUCAACAACAACAAAACCAAAAGCAACAGGAACUACAAAAGACGAAUGAUAUUAAUGCUGAUGGUCGUGGUGGUGGUGGUGGUGGUGGUAGUGAAUGGCGCGAUCCUUUGCCGUGCAACGAUGGUGAUAACGCUAUGAAAUCUAAAGAACAAUGGCGCGAUCCUGUCGAUUGUAAUGAAGACGUUGAGAGCUGGCGUGACGUUAACACACAAGAUGAUUCAUCAGACAAUGAUGUAUUUUGGUCCGAUUUUGGUGAUACUGACUCGGACAAUGAAGAUGAGGUUUGGGCUACACCACCCGAAAGCCCCUCACAGUUGAGUCUGAUGGAAGAACCUGCAGAAGAGGAGGCAUUUAAAAUAUUCAUAUAUGGUAAUGAACCAACAAAACGGGAUGUUGACGUAUUGAACGCAUUACUGCAUAUGGAUGUCGAUCCAACAAAAUAUGCCAAUAUACAUUCUUGGAAGGCGGCGAUGCUACGCUAUCCUAAAGAGGAAAUGGAUGCUUUUCCAUCUCUGUCAAUUGUAAAGAAAUCGCAUUCGUUCACUUCCACGCGUACACCGCAACGUAAAGAAUUUCCACUUACACCGUUCGCACAACGGCAAGCAUUAUCCAAAAGCAUUUCAAGUACACCCAUUACAGUCAAGUUAACAGGAAAAUCACCGUUUCCUUCGCAACAGCAAUUGCAUACAACAAUCAAACAUCGGGAACUGCCAACAACAGCGAAACGCAUCUUCACACGUCAGACGCUCUCCAAUCUAUUGGCUCCCUUUAACGUCAGCAACACGCACUAACAACAACUGCUUUCUGUGGGUGUUGAUGUGUGCCUGGAAUUUUACUUCAAAAUCGACUUAAACAAAUCAUUAGUAACUUGAUUUUCUACAACGCUGUAAUCGUCUCUAAUCAUCCGAUUGGAAACAAGUAUAAUUUAACCUUUGGAUAUUUUCAAAAUUUAUUUCGAUUUUGGACUUAAUUAUUUAUAUCGAUUUUGUUUGUGUGCAUAUUCAAUUCAUAUAAUUUCUUUUGCUAUUGCAUUGUUUCAUUAUUAGUGUUGUGUACGUCUCUUUUAUUUAUUUUCACCGUUGCUUAUUAUAAUUACAAAAAAAAAAAAAGAUUAAAAAAUACAAAGAACGUCAUGUACAUAGAUAACUUUUAUAAAUGAAAUGUUCUCUAUAUUUAAUUCCUUUAUUGUUACACACGAGCAUAUGCUAUAUUUGAUUUAAAAACUUACUCCAAGUGAAU